GGCCAUUGACAGUGAUGUAUUGUUAGUCGGCCCUUAUAUACAUAUUCCCUCGCAUCGACAUUGAUUCAUAGCCGAAGAAGCGCAAGUUUAUUCCAAGGAUGCCACCCAUGUCCACGUUCCUGGGCCGACUUCAAUUUGCGUCUUCCCCAGGUUGUUACCCCGCCACAUUUGCGCGUUCUAGCUCGUCUCGUCCAGGAUCGACACGGGGAAUAGGAGAAAUGACUGUUGAAUUGCGGGGGACGCGAUCAGCAGGCAAGUGGUCCCAGCCGAGGCAUUUAGCCGUGAGUAGAGUAUUUGACCGGUGCAAAUCCCCGCUCUCUCAAAUUGAAGCAUCACAACGCCGCCCAUCCUUUUCUCCGGCUCCUCAGAAUGCGCGAAAUCGCGUCCCACGGCAAUGGAUCGCAGUCCCACAUCGGCCUCGCCUCGUUCCCAGGCCAUUGUCCCGCCUCACCGACCGCCUACAAACAGGGCCUGUGACCGCUGUCGACGCCGAAAGGCCAGGUGUGACUUUGCAGAGUCUGGCCGCCGCUGUACCAACUGCCGCGAAUCAGGCCAGCAGUGCUCCUUCGACUUGCCCCUGGCUCGUCGUGGCCCCAAGACGCGGAGGCGGAAUACCAUCUCUGCCCUUCAGUCUGUCGAUCCUCGCCCUGUUGGUGACAGCUCCGCUCUGUCGUUCGCCGGAUCCAACCCCACCGCGGAAUUGACCCUUGUCGACUCCUCCGCUACGUCAGGUCCUUCUGAAGCCCAUUGGGAAGCCUCUCAUGCCCUGAAUGUCGAUCCAGCGCUGUCGCCGCAAACCAUCCACAGCUCCGUGUCCGACGCCGCCAUCACCCCCGGUCAAUCGGCCCUACAGCGCUGGCACAACCUGUCCCGAGCGUUGGCCUUUCUCACAGCUGAUCUCAAUCAACUGGUGACGCGCUGUUUUGAUCUGUUCUUCGAGUACCUCUAUCCACUCACGCCGCUGGUACAUGAACCGAGCCUGCGAGAUGCAUUGGCCUUCUUUGUCACCCAAGCUGCCACCGGUUUCUCCCCAGCCAGCAACCCAACCAGCAACGGCGGUCGCUUGGAAACAUGGCCAGAUGCGACAUUCACCUUGAUCACGGCCGUUUGCGCCGAAGCUGCCUUUUUAUUACCAAAAGACUUGUUUCCAGAAGGACAGUCUGUGGCUGACAUCUUCCUCAAGUCGUCGCGCAGUUGUCUCAACCAUUACUUGGAAGCGGACCUUGAAAGCCCCAACGCCAACUCCAUCGCCAUCCGAUAUUUCCAUUCCAAUUGUCUGCACGCGGCCGGAAAGCCGAAGUACUCAUGGCACAUCUUCGGAGAGGCAACCCGACUUGCGCAGGUCAUGCAGCUUCACGAGGAGACAUCCCUGGAGGGUCUGUUUCCAAUAGAGGCCGAACUUCGCCGGCGUGCAUUCUGGAUUGUGUACAUGGGCGACAAAUCAGCCGCUAUCUUGAACAAUCGCCCGAUAACGAUCCACCAGUUCUCAUUCGAGUCGGGCAUUACAACUGCAUAUCCGACAGGCAUUGAGGACGAAUCUUCCAUUGGUGUCUCGCCGGGGUCUGUUGCCCCGACACCAGAAACGAGGAAAACAUUCAUUGCUGGGUUCAAUGCCAACCUCCGCUUGUGGCAAACUGCCUCAAAUCUCCUCCUUCAAAUGAGACUCCUUCAGGAUCAAGAGCAACAUGACCUCUCCCUGCCAGGCCACCCGCCGCUUCCUACCCCCGAAGACAGAAGUCGCCUGGACGCACUUUACAUCCAGUUCAUCACAUGCCUUGACGAUUUGCCGCCGUAUUUGCAAUCAUAUACAUUCGCCGCCAUUGCUGGGGCGGGGAAAGAAGCAACGAAACAGAAUCAAUUCAUCAUACAAUGUGCUAACCUUCAGGUCUCAAUGCACUGCCUGCGAAUGGUCAUCACGCAGAAGUUUGAGGAGCGCUCCUUCUUCUCGACUGGAGUGGAACAAGCCGACCUGCGCAAGACAGAGAUCGCCCGGGAUAUGCUACGUGUGAUACACGAGGCUCCUUUCUGGUCGUUACAGGUCAACGGCGAACCAUAUGUAGAGAAGAUUCGACUUAUUGGAGCCAGUCUACUAGAAAUCAUCCACCGGAACAGGACUUCACCGAUAGCUACACGUGCUCGAAGCGAUUUUACGGUCCUCCUUGAUCUUCUCACGAGGUUGGACUCUAAGGCUUCCGAUGCUUUACGGAAUAACUCGACGUGGGUUGUUUAAACUUGAUUGUACAUAUGUAAUAAUUAGCAGAGUGGCCAAUUUUGAUAUAGGUGGUUGGUGUAUAUUCAUGCGUUAUUUUAAUCCUUUUAGGAUGGAAUGUUAGUUCUUAUGUAUUAUUAGCUCCAAAAGACAUGUCAAC